AUGGAUCCCUCAAGCAUUGUGGAUGAAUAUGUCGAGGCUGGAGAUUUGGAAGUGAGUUUUUAUAGAUAAAAUGAGAUUCUUUAGAUAUGACUAAUCAUUUGUCAAAGGUCUUUUUAAUAAAACUUUUUGUGAUUGCAUUGAAUUUGACAAAACGGGACUGAUUUGAUUAACGUCUAGUUAGAAUUUAUGUUAACAAAGGGUACUCAUAUUAACUUCAAUUUUUCAGGAAUUUGCCCGAACAUACCGCAAUCAACAAGCCAGAGGGCCAGUCAGUGAUAAUGUGGCUUUUAAUUAUGCGCAUGCUUUGAUCAGGUCGACAAAGGAGAACGUUCGUACUGGAAUCUUUAUAUUUGAAGGUAUGUUUUUAUUUCUUUGAUUCUUAUGAGUUUAGGUUUAUUGAGAAAGGAUGACGGAGAAGUGCCAAAACGAGAUUAUGUAUAUUUCUUGGCUGUGGCUUAUACUAGACUGAAGGUAGGAGGGUUUUUUAAUAUAAUGGUUGAUUUUGUAACGGUAUACCUAUUUGGUGGUGUGUAAUAUAUUUUUUAAAAUAUUUUUGUAAUUUUGCUUAAUUUUGGGUUUAGUAUGAAUAAUAUAAAAUUUAUAGGAGUAUGACAAAGCUCUGGAGUACAUAAACGCGUUGUUGUAUGCAGAAAGUGACAAUCGGCAAGCCGUUGCCUUGAGGGACCUUAUUAACCAGCGAAUGAAAAAGGGUAAGAUCGUUUUUAGGUGAAUUAUAUUAAUGAAACUUAACAUUUAUUAUGAAAAAAUAUGACAUUUAGAGCUUUCCAAACAUACUCUUAUUUUUUACAGAUUCCCUCCUCGGCCUGGCUGUUAUUGGACUUGGUGGAGUCGCCGCAGUUGGAGCCAGUUUGAUCGCCGCCGGCGUAUUGGCUCGUCGCCAUUGA